UUCUUUCUCUAUUUCCAUAUAUAAUAGUCAUAAAAUAUAUAACUAUUCGGAACACACCUUGAAAUAUAUCGGAGUAUCCUCGGGAUUUAUAUGGCAAACAGGAAAGCAUGUCAAUGAAUCUGAGAGAGGAGAUAGCAAAAUUAACAACCCCAGCUCCUGUUUUCUGUGAUCCAGAAGACGAUUUAGAGGAUGUUACAGCAGCAAAAUUAACAGAGAAGAGUGGGGAGAAGGAUGAGUUCGCUCCCUUGCCAGCUACUAAACUAAGACAGAGAGCAGCUGCAGCAGAGUCUGUAAAUAAUGAGAAAAAGUACGCGGGACGGAAAAUAUCACGACAAAAGCUCUUGGACCUUGACUCAGAUGUCAGUGGAUCUGAGGAACAAAGUGAGAGUGAAUCAGAACAAGAAGAUGAGAGCUCUCUUGGUGAAGAGGACGUAAUGGAUGAUAAAGAAGAUGGGGAGAAAGAUGAGGAGUCUGAUGAUGAAUCAGAGUCUAUGGGAAGCGAGGAGCCCAGGACAGCAGAAGAAGCAGAGGAGGAGUUGUCUACCCUUGGUUCAUUUAAAGCCAAGAUGGCAUCAAGCACAGAUCCUCAGGAAGCUGGUCAAAAGUUUAGUUUUGUAGAUGACGGGGAUUACAGUAAGUAUUAUGAUUCUGAAGAAGAGGCUGAGGAUCAGAGCGAUGAUGAUGAUGAAGACACUGAUGAUAAUGAAGAAGAAGGAGAUGAUGAUGAAGAAUCAAUGGAGGAAGAUGAGAAUGAAGUAGAAGAAGGUGAGGGAGGAGUUAGCAGUUUCUCCAAGUCCAGACUUAACGAGGAGAUCCAGAAAGGAGAAGCAGCCAGACAGCAGUUAGGUCUGUGGGACAGUUUACUAGAGGGAAGAAUCAAGUUUCAAAAAAUACUGACAGCUGUCAAUCAACUUCCACAACCUGACACCUGGAGAGAUUUUGAGAAAUUAGGGGAAGAUAACUUCAAGGAAAAGUCUACAACAGUGCAGACAGGUUUGGAGAAUCUUCUUCAGAAACUGAUCCAGCUACAGUCAGUUCUUCUUCUCCAGAACUCAGAGACUCAACACAUCGAAUCAGGACAGCAAAAACCAGUGAAGAAGACAGAGGACCCGGAUGAUGAGGAGAUAACGAGUGAGUCUGACACAGAGGAGACAAAACAAACAGACGAGAAAUCAACUGUGCAGCAUAAAGGUAGGAAACGGAAACUAGCAAUGGAGGAAAUACCAGACUUCCUGGCCAAACGACACAAAGACUUCCAGAACUACAGAAAUGAUACACUUCAGAAAUGGUUUGACAAGACUCGCUUACUUGGAGGUAAAAUCUCCAGUAAAUCCUUCAAUGCUUUUGAACAGUCAGCUCUGAAACAAAUCGAACAGGUUUUGAGUGAUAGAGACAGACUGAUUAAGAGGACACAGAUGAAGCGGGCCAGCUACAAAGUCCUGGGGAAACCCGAGGAAGCAGAGACAGCUGUCAGUCAAGAUCAAGAACCAUUGCAGGAGACAAGCAUAAAGACAUCAGAACAGACAUAUGAUGCGGAGAUUUUUGAUGACAGUGACUUCUACCACCAACAGCUGAGAGAGCUCAUAGAGAGAAAGACCUCAGAUAUAAACGAUCCCAUUGCCCUCAGCAGGCAAUGGCUAGAAAUACAGAGGUUGAGAAAUAAAGUGAAGAGAAAAGUAGAAACUAGAGCUUCUAAAGGAAGAAAAAUAAGGUAA